AUGAUGCUAUGUUCACCAUAAGUAAAAUUAUUUACGCCGCUAUNUAUAUACAUCAUUUAUUUUUUCUUAUUAUUUUUAUAUAGUAAGUUUUUACCGCCAAACUCAAUCACUCCACUCAUAUUCACAAAGAAAUUGCCAUAAGGAGGAUAAUAUAGAUUAAAAGGGACUUAACCAUUGUGGGUCAAUGCAUUAGAGAGUCUUCUAAGUGUGGUUGUCCAAUUAUAUUAUAAGAGUGAUCAAAAAUUAGUAGAGUUUAUGAAAGAAAAAGGAUUGAUUGAUUCAAAAAAAGAACUUAAACAAGUAAAUAUCACAUUAUAAUUUCAAGGAAAAGAAACCUGGAAGAAAAAAGAAGAUCCUAGAUAAUGAUUCACCUAAUCAGGAAUAAACAGAAUAAUAACAAUAAUAAUCAACAAAUAUCAAUGUUUAUUCUCUGCUUUAAUAAGAUGUCUUAGAUAUUCUAAUAUCUCCAUUAAGAAAUGAUUUUCCAUUUGGUAUUAUUAAUAUUUAUAAAUAUUAGAAACAUGGACACCUAAAGAAAUAGCUAUAUUUGAAUGUGGACUCUGCAGAUAUGGUAAAUAAUAUGAAUUUUUAUCCCAUCUUGUAAAUUAUUUCCUAAUUUAAGAUUAAAACUAAAAAUGCUCAAGACAUCAUACAAUUUUACUACUUUUGGAAAUUCACAAGCCAUUAUAAACUAUGGAAAAUUAAUAAAGCAUAUUAUCAUCGCAAUAACCUAAAUAACUAUGUUUGA